UGGCGGAGGUAGAAUUAGAGUGAUAAACAUUGUGGUUUGUUCACACUUCACGUCAUAGUAGAAAGUGUGUGAGGGAAUUCUCUCGUGUUGUUUCCAGCGAAAUUUGAAGCAUAGUUUGAGCUGAAAAUUAAAAUAAAUUUAAGGAUAAAGAUUGGUGAUUUGUCCACAAGGAGAGAGAGAGAUUAGUAAUUUGUGAGACUGUAUUUGUGAGCAGUUGGAAUUCCACACAAUGAAAAUGAAGAAUAUAUGAAGGAGAAACACAGCUGAUCCCAAAACAUUCUUCCAGAACAGCCAUAAUAUUUUAGCAAGCAUAAUAUAUAUAAAGUAUUUAAAACUGCUCAAAGAAACAGAUCCUGUUUUUGUGUUCAUUAGAAGUUUGUUGAUUUUUCAGUCAUAAUAAUAUCAUUGCCUUUACCUGUCACUAGGCAGGGAAUGCACCGUAUGAAUGGCCAUGUUUCCUGUUGUAACUUUUGGGUGUGAAGGUAGGAAAUAUGAACCCGAACAUGGGAAAUCAUCCAGUUGGUAAUGAGGGAUCACAAGGACCCCCACACCAAGAUAACAUCAAUAACCUAACAACUAUGGUUACUAUGCCGAAUUCAACUAUGUACGCCAACUACGCCCCACGUGAUGUAUAUCCAGAUUAUAGUGGAAUGUGCAACCAGAAACAAACCUAUCUUCAUCAACUUUCUAAAGAAAAUGGUGGUGGAGUGUAUGAUGUGCCAAAUAGUAUGUAUGAUCUCACAAGCCCUCAUCAGAUGUCAGAACCAACACUCUCCCCGUCCCCUCCCCCUCCACCACGAGUCUACAGACCUUGUGUCGUUUGUUUAGACAAGUCUUCAGGCUAUCAUUAUGGAGUCAGUUCAUGCGAAGGAUGUAAGGGUUUUUUCCGACGCAGCGUCCAAAAAAAUAUGCAAUACACAUGCCACAAAGAUAAAAACUGUCCGAUCAACAAAGUAACGCGGAAUAGGUGCCAAUACUGUCGCUUACAGAAAUGUUUCUCCACAGGAAUGUCACGAGAAGCCGUACGAAAUGACCGAAAUAAAAAACGUAAAUCAAAACCAGAAAGUUCUAGUAGUAGUAGUUCGACAACGAGUACGACGUCGGAAGAGUUAACGGAAGAUGAGAAUAUGUUAAUACAAGAUAUAUUAGAGGCUCAUAGAGCUACAUGUGAUACGAUACCAGUAUCAGAGAAUGGUGUUAUAGAUAAUAAUACUGAGGAAUCCCCCAGUGAAAAUGGUAAAGAGAAAGAGGGCGGUGAGAAGAAUGGCAGCAAGUUAUGGGAUAAAAUCUCCUUGCUGUCUUCUGGUGGAAUUGUUAAAAUUGUUGAUUUUGCCAAAAAACUGAACGGUUUCUCCUCAUUAUGUACCUCAGAUCAAAUUACCCUUUUAAAAGCUGCUUGUUUAGAAAUAAUGAUAUUACGUUUAAGUUACCGCUAUGAUCCCGAUCUUGAUUCUAUGGUAUUCUCAAAUAAAGUGUGUAUAAAUAGAGAUCAACUAGAAAAGGGAGGGUUCGGAGCUCUUGCUGCAACUAUAUUUAAUUUUGCUGCUUCUCUUAAAUCAAUGAGCACAGAUGAGACAGAGUUUGCUGUUUUAUCUGCUGUUUGUUUAGUUAGUGGAGAUCGCUCUGGUUUAAAAGAAACAGUUAAAAUAGAACAGAUGCAGGAACCAUUAUUAGAAGCAUUAAAACACUACGUAAGAUCGAGAAGGGAAGAUCAACCUCAUGUUUUUGCCAAGAUGUUAAUGAAAUUAACAGAUUUACGUAGCAUCAGUGUCAAAGGAGCUGAAAGAGUUUUACAUCUACGAUUAGAAAAACCAGGAGAGUUGCCUCCAUUAGUGAUAGAAAUGUUGGACAGAGCAGAGAACGUCUGUAUACCAUAAAAGUUGUUAGUUGUUGCUGGGCAACCUUUUAUAGACAUGUACAUAUAUUAUAUAAUUAGACUUCGAAAAA